UCUCGCAAAGUCGUGCGAAGCGCGCGCGCGUGUUAUGUGUAUUAAAAAUGGCGACUAAAGAUGUAGUUUUAAGUGCCCAGGGGCCCUUAGCACCCCAGGCACAGAUGCCAAGUGUAGCGAACCUCAAUAUCAACAAGUCUUCAAGAGUCCAAAUCGGUCCGAAAUUCGUGACGGUCACCCAAAAUGUGCAAAACGCGGAGAUGGUUAAAGGUAAAUGUCUAUGUUUCGACUUGAUAUCGGGACACAGUUAUGGCGGUCUCAGAUGUGCCGUCGCGGUCUUCGUUUGCUGGUCUCUUAUAGUGGCCACUGGUCUUUCCGUCUACUUCAUAUACAUAGUACUACCCAGCCAAAGAACGCGAUUAGACUUAGGUGUGCAAGCGGACUGGUACCUUCGGCGGCAGGACUGGCAGGCGAUGCCGGCCUAUGACGUGGAAUACCUCAAUACGCCCGUCCCCUACGCCAUCCUAGGACACUCCGGCCUCAAAUACUGCGAUAACAAGUACGACUGCAUCAACGAAAUGUUGUACAUCCAAAGGGACAACUUGCGUCGCGAACUCGGCGAUAUAGGACCUAAUUUCCUUAUAGCUGGCAACGGAGACUUGUUCGAAGGCCGAGGAGCAAACGUCGUGCCUGCUAUGGUAUCCUCAUGGAACCGGAAAAGCAUCGCGAUCAUGUUAUUGGGAGACUAUCGAACAGAAAUACCGAAGGCAAUACAGUUUGAGCGCAUAGACUUCCUGCUGAAAACGCUCGUUGAAAAAGGCGCUUUGAAGGAGGACUACGUUUUGUACGGACACUGCCAAGUCAAAACCCACUUUGUGAGUCCAGGACUUAACGUGGUGAAAGAGUUAAGAAGAUUUUCACAUUGGAAGGACGAUAAUUACACCACAUGCUUAACUCUCCCGCUGCCUAAGUAUCUGUGGAACGUAGUGAAGAACAGCUCCAGGACGGAGCGAGUCUCGUGUGUGGUGGCUCUGGUGGCGGUGGUGAUUUGUGUCACCCUCAUUGUAUACUUCACCACGCGGCCCGAGAACACUGACGAUACUGUUGAUAUGCCGCCUCACGAAUGGAACAUAACGCGACAGAUGUGGUUGGCCCAGCCUUACAACAACUCGGAGAGGACGACGCAUUUCGACCCAUUGUUUAUCGUGAUCGUCCAACACAGUGUGAGCAAUGAGUGCCGACGAUUCGUCUCAUGUGCUGCCGAAUUGAGGAACUUGCAGUCUUAUUUCAUAGACACGAAGCAGUAUGAUAUACCUUACAAUUUUCUGAUCGGCAAUGAUGGUCGCGUGUACGAGGGUCGUGGCUGGGGCGUGGUCGGCGCUCACACUUUCACCUACAACAGAUGCUCUCUGGGAUUGGGCUUCAUCGGUGAUUAUCGCGAAGAAAUAAACCCUUUCACUCGAGUCACGGAGGCUCAACUGAACAGAACCCAUAUGCUGUUGGAAGACGGAGUACGACUGGGCUUCCUCAGACCAGACUAUCAGAUAGUUGGAGCUAAGGAUCUCCAAGUAACGGCGAGUCCAGGGUCCAAUUUAUACAACGCACUCCGCCAGUGGCCAAACUAUGACCACCAGAAAAGGUUUAGAGGUCUAAGUUGCGAACAGAUAUACGAGAAAUAUAAAAAUGAGCACCUGUGAUGAGUAGACUACUAGUUUAUCAUAUCCUUAAACUAUAUUCUAACAUUGUGUAAAUUUUAAAUACAUAAUAUGAUUUGUUUUGGAAGUUCA